AUGUUGAUAUUGAUUGCUGGAAUUACUGGUACAGUCGGUCAGCCUUGUGCCCAAGCUGCUAUUGCACGAGGCCACGAGGUGCGAGGCAUCGGCCGUGAUCCAGCAAAGCUCCCAUCAGAGCUUCGUCAGAACCUGGAGAGUUUUGUGGUUUCGUCGGGAAUUUACGAUAUACCCUCCUUGGAACGCGCCGUCGCGAACGUGGAUGCGGUCAUUUGCGCAUACGGUUUCCUUCCGGAAGUCUUGGUCGAGGGCCAACUUCUGUUGCUGAGAGCCGCUGAGCGCGCUGGGGUCAAGAUUUUCCAUGCAGCUUCUUGGAAUUACGAUUGGACUUUGGGUUACAUCGGCCAGCACGAGUCUUACGACCCAUAUCUCGCUUUUGAUGCCCAGGUCCGCAUCAGCUCCCGCAUCAAGCCACUCUAUAUGUUCACUGGUAUUAUCGCCGAUUGGAUGUUUUCCAAUCGCCGGGACAAGAUUUGGGAUCGACAGACUAAGACGCUGUCGUACUUCGGCGAUGGCAAGAAAGAAUGGAUCUGUACUACUGCAGAUGACAUCGCGGCAUACACUGUUGAGGCCGUUUCCGCUCCCAAUGCCGACAAAGGCGGUUUUAUCCGGGUCGAAAGCUUUAGAUUUACGCCUGCUCAACUGGUCGAGACUUAUGAGCGCGCGCGAUCUGAAAAGGCACAUUUGAAACACGAGGGCUCACUUGACGACGUCGUUUCGAUGGUCACGAAGGCUCGUGAGACGACCGAUCCUGUCGACCAUGAAGAGUACAUUGGCCUUGGCUAUAUAGAGCACAUGCUGAAAGGAAGUUGGGACUACGAGCCUGUGGAUUGCGACCGUUUCCCCAAUGUGAAGCCAGUCACACUCGAGGAUUAUUUCAAGCAGCAUCUUGAACUGUGA